GCUCAACCAACGGGAAGGUGUCCCACCCGCCUUCCUAAAGUGCUCGAUCCUCCUUCGACAGGAAGUCAGGCCAACUUCUGGGAAACGGGAAGCUGAGAGUUCAGCAGUUGGAGCAAACUCUUGAUCGCACGGCAAGAAGAAAGGGGGGAUCCGGAGACCACCGAUAAACAGGUAAGCAGGAGCUGGGCGGAGGAGGGCAAGGAAUCCUGCUCCCCUGCAAGGGCUGAAAUGGGCACUUGGGGCUAUAUUUAGAGGAUUGGGAGACCUCACACAAUACACCAAGUAAAAGAAAGAAAGUUUUACCACCAGCCCUCUCCCCCCGCCCCUCUUCUUCCCCAACCUUAUGCUGUAUAUAACAUUAAUGUCUCACACUGUGUGUAACUGAUCAGUAGAAAAGACUCUACGAACUGAAAAUAGAGACAAUGCACGUACCUUUGUAAGCCAAGAAAAUCUUUAAUAAAAAUUGCUUAAAAUAAAACAAAAUAGGGGAUGGGAAGGAGAGAUUAGUGGACCAGGUGCUGGUCUUUCUGAAUUCAUACUAAGUGCAUUUGUUUUAUUUUAUUUGUUCCUUUUCUUCCAGUGUGGUGCACAUGGUUCUCCUCCUCCCCAUUUUAUCCUUGCAACAACCCUGUGAGGUAGCUUAGGCUGGGGGGCAGUGAUAGGCCCAAAGUCAACUAGUGAGCUUCAUGGCUGAGUGUGUGUCUGUGUGCAAUUAAAGCGGAGAACAGCUGAGUGUGUGCAAAUCUUUAACUGCUUUCUGCUUUUCGCUUCUCCCCAAUGCUCUGGCCGCAGCUGAAUUUCACUCUGACCAUGGGUGGCAUCUGGCCUCAGGCUGCAAAAGGGAAUUUAAAGUAAAGCCAGUCCACGGAUGAGGCUAGCUGAAGCAUCUGCCUCCUAAGAGGCAGCGUCCUGCCCACCACAUUGCUUCAGCCCCCUUGCGGAACUCGCUUCUCUCUCUCACCGAGUUUGGCGAGAGAGGGAGGGAAUGUUCCAGCUUGUGGUAUAAAUGGGGAGGGGGAGGGGGUGACACAUUCCCAUUUUGCCGUCGGGUGGUGAAAGGGGAUGGGCCACCCAUGAUCUAACAGCUGUGGGGUGGAGGCCUCCCCAUCCCCUCUGGGCAUGCUGGAUCUCUGCUUUGUACAAAUGCAGGGGCACAUAUUGGGGACUGCAGUUAAUCCCCAUGAGAUUCCAUCAGGUGGAAAUCAAAGAGGGAUACAGUGGUACCUCGGGUUAAGAACUUAAUUCGUUCUGGAGGUCCAUUCUUAACCUGAAACUGUUCUUAACCUGAGGUACUAUUUCUGGGUUAGUGGAGUCUGUAACCUGAAGCGUCUGUAACCUGAAGCGUAUGUAACCCGAGGUACCACUGUAGUCUGUUGUGAGCUUCCAGGCAUGUGAGGGCCAACUUAGGAGGGUAAUGGCGAUGCUCAGUGCAGAUCUGUGCCACUUUUCCAUGCCGCUGACUGAAAUAUUUUGUAGACGAGGCCGUGGCACCAAGCUUACGUUUAAUUUUAAAAAACAAAACAAAAAACACCUUACCGGAUUUCUUCCUGGAAAGGGUAGGUCUGGAUCAAAUUGCGGGGAAGAUGCCAGUGUGGUUGCAUCUAUUUCCAUAAACCACCACGUGUACAUUUUUUGUCCUCUUUUUAUUAAUUGUUAUGGUAAUGUACAUAGGUACCCUAGAACAGUGCUCAGCUUCAAAAUGCAGAAGAGAAUUCCCCAGAGCAUGUUCCACCCCUUUAAAAAAUAUUAUUUGGAUGAUGAUGAUAUAUUUAUUUAUACCCUGCCUUUUUCCCUGAUGGGAGUCAAGGUGGCUUACAGAUAAAAACAUAGUAAUAUCAAUCAUUUAAAAACAAUUAAAUAUUGAUAGAGUUAAAACUAUAUACACAUAUAAAAUCUGUUUAAAAUAUCACCAAAGAAACAGCAAGGCACCGGCCCUCUAUCUAAAAUCAGUCAAUUCCUAAAGGAAUUGGAACAAAAAAAAUCUUCCCCUGCCGGUGGAUGGACAGCAAGGAGGGAGCCAGUCCAGCUUUUCUGGAGUCUGGGAGUAGCCACUGAUAAGGCCCUAUCCCAUGUAACCACUAAGCAUCCCUGUGAGGGUGGCAGGACUGAGAGAAUAGCCCUCCCUGAAGAUCUCAGGGCCCGGGCAGGUUUGUAUGAGUAAAUGUCUUUCAGAUAACAUGUACAGAGCAUGUGUUGAGUACAAUUAUCUAACAACGAAGUAAAGUGGAAAUAGUGCAGGAGCAGAGAAAGCUCCGCAAGGCACACCCCUCCUUUGGCAAUCUUCACAGAACUCUAGCCCAAUGGUUGCCAUCAAUUUGAUUUGAAUUAAUUUUAUAAUGAAAUGAUUUUAGAAUGUUGUAUUAUUGUUGUUAGCCGCCCUGUGCCCGGCUUCGGCUGGGGAUGGCGGGAUAUAAAUAAAUUAUUAUUAUUAUUAUUAUUUACAUUUAAAUUUGAAACCAGUUCAACUUCCCGCCUAAAGAAUUCUGGUAACUUGCUGUUUUGUGAAGAUGCAAGGGAUUUUCUGACAAGGCUUGGGCAGCAACCAUUUUCAUAGUUGCUGUUUGGAAUCCAUCAUGUGGCUGGCCCUACCAUCAGGCAGGGUAAGUUGCCUGCUUCAGGCAGCAGAACUUGGGUGUCAUGAAUGGGCAGCAAGUUGUCGAGCCAUGUAAUUUAAUUUAUCAGGGUUGUACUUUUAGGUCCAGGAAUAGAGAGAGGUGUGGUUGCCACUUCGGCCAGCAAAAUACCUUGGGCUGGCCUCAGGUCUCAAGCUGGUUUAAGGCCACAUUCACUCUGUACAUUUAAAGUGCUAUCUUGUUGGCAUCCAUCUAUCUUAAGAGACAAUGGAGUUCACUUCCGGGAGUGACGCACCCUUAACAAACUACAGUACCCAGAAUUCUUUGGGGGAAGCCAAGUCUGUUUAAAGUGGUAUCAUUGCACUUUAUAUAAUGCAGACACUUUCAACAAGCAAGUCUCCACUGGAUGGUGGUGAUCACGAGCUGUCUUGUGUUGCCCAGCAAAUCCCGAGGGAAGCACCUGUGUUCUGCUUUGCUCCACCUGUGUUCUGCUUUGCUCACCAUGUCCUUCCUUUCCCGCAGUUAUGGAUACCAUCCAGGCCAUUCUGAAAGUUUCGGUCACCAUCUUUAACCAAUGUGAGAAAAUGACGGAUUGCAAUAAGCACAGAGAGCGCCUUGUUGAGCGCAUUAAGACCCUCCGGCGGCAGGUCAAGCGCUUGCACCAGGUCUGCACCAGCUUCUCCGAUGACCUGGUAUUGAUGCUGAAACAGACGCUGAAAGUCCUGAAAGAGGCCCAGACGAAGCUUUGCGAGUACGGUGACAUGCCCCAGUUGCAGCGGUUCUUGAAGGCUAGCAGAAUGCUGAAGGACUUUGAAAGAAUGAACAUAGACAUCAGUAAUGUCGGUCAUGACCUAAUGAGGCAACUAGAGAUCGAGAAGCUAUUAGCUGACCGUCAAGACCUCUUGAAAUUUGAGAAGCCUCUUGUGACCCAGGAAGGCAGACAGGAUCUUGUGGAGGACUGUGUAUCUUUGAAGGAGAUGAACAAAGGUGCUCCUGAUCCUCUGCCUUUGAGAACAGUGGGGAAGGGAACAAACAGACCAGCAUUGGCAGCGGGGGGGGACGGGGGACGGGGGACAGCAAUGGUGGCAGCCACCAGCCAGGGGCUUGUCCUUAGGGAGGGAUAUUUGAGUGGCAGCAUGAUUUAAGUCACUAGUCUUCAACCUUUUUAGACUCAGGACCUGCUUCUCCCCUAGGAAUUAUGGGAAGUGUUGUUUGUUAAAGAUGCAGAGAGUUCUUGGGAGCCCCCUCCCCCCAGUUCCCUCACAGUUACAGUUCAGAGUGGUUUAACAAUCAAUCCUUCUUCCCACUGAACUUGGGAAAUUGUAGUUUGUAGUUUUGUGAGGGGAACAAAGGCCUCCUAACAUCUCUCAGCACCCUUAACAAACCACAGCUCCUGGGAUUCUUUGGGGGAAGCCACAACUAAAAUGCAUGGUGAAUGUGGCCUAAUUCAGGCGUCAAAAGUCGCCUAGGUGCCCCACUGGCUUCUGGGUGUUUCAGUGUAUACAGUAGAUCUCUCCCCCCCCCCUUGGGAGAACCACAACCUUAUGCUGUGCUCUGUGGCCACCCUGUACCCCAAGAACAAGGAAAUACAUUUGGCUCAUUAUCACUUCAUUGCUGUGCUCUGAAGGAGUGUUGCCUUGUUGGGGCCUUGCUAGGAACUCAAAAGACUCAGAGCACAAAUUAAGAUGGCAGGUAGCUGAAUUCUCACCAACACUGGACCUUGUUAACACACUCAGCCACCUUGUAACCAUUUUUUUUUAAAUGAUUAAAAAGGCCGGAAAGUGGCAGAAGAUCUAAGGCUCACUGCAAAAGAUUCUGGGUUUGAGCCCCUUCUAGUGCUGCUGUUUCUGUGCUUUUCCAUUGAAACCUUUUGGAACCAGAAGUACCUGGGAAGAUAUAGAGAUAACUCACAUACCUUGUUUUCCCCGACACCUUCCAAGCUCCCAAGAAGCAGCUUUUGAAGUGAGUGUCUUAAAAUCAUUCCCAAGCUAAUCUCUCAGUUAUGGGGGCCAAAUGUACUUGCCUUAAUUAGAGAGCAGGAGGCCCAGACACAUGUCCGAGCCAAUUUCAGAGCAAAGCGUGCAACCAGAUCAGGCAAGCUUCUCAAAGCCACAACUGUCCUUUUUUGCUACACCACUUCAGCUUCAAAGCUUAUUAUUCUGGCUCGUUAACCAACAUUAGAAAUGAACAAGCAUUCGAAGGCCCACCGCAUGAUCCUUUAUAGAUGGGAGGGCAUUCCACAGGGUGGGUGCGACUGCUGAGAAGGCCCACUGCCUGUUUCCCUGUGCCCUCACUUCUUGCAAUGAGAGAACCACCAGAAGGCCCCUCAGAACUGGAUCUCAGUGUCCGGGUUGAACGAUGGGGGUGGAGGUACACAAUGAAGGUUUUGGUACUGGUCUUGCUGCACUCCAAGGAGCCUGGCUUAAAUACAGUUCAAAGGGGAGGGGUAGAUGACACACAGCUGGCUCAAACAUCUCCCCUCCAGAGGAGGCUGACAGCAGCAAAAGGUGAAUGUUGGGGAAGACAGUGAUGGCAAGUCUCUCUUCCCCAGCCCUCCUGGAAGUACCAGCUGCCGGUGCAGGUCUUACUGCACUUCCAGUUUCUUUUCUUCUGAAAUACUGAAACUUGAAUAUUGCCAGCUCACCAUGUGGGGAUCUCCAAGUGACUGUGGGCCUCUCUCCCAAUUCUGAUCUGUUUCCAUGGGCUUCUUUCUUACCCCCUUCCAUUCCCUCCAGGCCAGGAUGCUGCUGCUUCCAUGGAAAUCACUGAAAUACCCAAAAGCCAGAUCACCAAUGUGACCACCCUGGCGGAGUGUGAGAGCUACACCCUGUGCAGUGGAGAGUACAAUUAUUGCUCUGUGGCCAUCAAAGUCUUCAAGAACCCUUUGAAUGAGAACAAACCACAGUGAGUGCCUCUCUUUGGUCCUCUUCCUGAGUGAUGGGUACAAGUGGCCACCUCUAUAUUGCAAAGCUAACCUAACCACCCUCACAGAGGGAACUGAUGGAGAGACUUUCGGCUCCAUCACAGAGACUGAUCUUUCUGUUGCUUCCCCCAGGGAUGUGAGGAGCAUCUUUUGGACCGAAAUCAAGACUAUGAAGAAGUUUGAGUCUCCCCACAUUGUCCGUCUGUAUGGGAUGUGCAUAGAUGAGAGUGGUAAGACCUUUGCUCUUUGUGUGUAUAUGUGUGUUUGGGGGGGGGAGGUAAGAAUUCAUCCUUCCACAGUAGUUAAUGCAUGUCUGUAUUUAACUUUCUUUAUGUGGUUUUUACUGUAUGGUUUUAUGUAUUUUUUUGUGGUAAACUGCUUUGAUAUUUUUCAUGAAAUAGCAGUUUCUAAAAUAUAUUUUAUAAAUAAAUGAAACAGAAGAAAGAAUACACAGCCAGAUAUUGAACCAAGAAAUGUCCAUUGUAUUCAUACAUGCUUUUGGUGCAGUGCUGUGCCUCACCCUCAACUUCACAGGAGCGAAGUUUUAUUUCAAAUAGCACCAGGUCUUCCACUUAGCCUCUCCUGACCAGGAAUAUGUGCUCUCCACUCUGUUUUCAUGAAUGUGUCAAGGAGCUGAAAACUGUUUGGUAGCAGAGCACAAAAGACAAAGACAGCCACUGACUGAAAUGGAGCAGCAAUUCAUCAAUUGUCUUCUUUGCCCUAGGCUUCCCUCCUGAAUACUCCAUCAUCACGGAAUAUUGUGAAAAGGGUACCCUGAGGCAAGUGCUGAAAAAGGAGCCUGACCUAUCCUGGAACAUUCGCUUGGAAAUGGCAAAGGAUGCUGCCAUCGGCCUGUACAGGUACACUGAGCCUGGCUAGAGGGGGGAAAGGGCUCUGCCGUUGUGUUUGCACAGCACCCUCCCACUCUCCCUCCAAUAAGUGGCAGUGACUCUGCUGACUGGAGGUCAGGUACACAGAGUGUUGGCUUUUUCCUCCACUUCUUGGCUCUUUUUGACUGCAGGUUGCAUCAGACGGGGGACAAGCCUCAGGUGCAUUACUGCAUCAACAGCACCAGGUUCCUGGUUGACAAAAACUACUGUGUAAAGGUGAGAGCUGUGUAAAGGUGUCGUGGCUUCAAAGAAGGCUUAGAAAGGCAUAUCUGCCUUGCACACUUUCAGUGGCUUAAGGAUCAUUUUCACCCUCCAAGGAAGUCCGGAAACUGGAGACCUGCAGGGAGGGGCUGAUUAUUGGACAGGUCUGCCCAAUAUAUUCCAUAAAAGGUAAAGGGACCCCUGAUCGUUAGGUCCAGUCGUGACCAACUCUGGGGUUGCGGUGCUCAUCUCGCUUUAUUGGCUGAGGGAGCCGGCGUACAGCUUCUGGGUCAUGUGGCCAGCAUGACUAAGCCUCUUCUGGCGAACCAGAGCAGUGCACGGAAACGCCAUUUACCUUCCCGCUGGAGCGGUACCUAUUUAUCUACUUGCACUUUGACGUGCUUUCGAACUGCUAGGUUGGCAGGAGCAGGGACAGAGCAAUGGGAGCUCAAAUACCCAUACCCACCUUCAAAUGUCUGCAUCUCUAGCUGGGUGUGUGUGUGUGUGUGUGUGUGUGUGUGUUGCAUUCCUGACCCUUGGCUACAGAGCUAGAGUCAUAGAAUUGGGAGGAUCCCCCAAAGGUCAUCUACUCCAACCCACUACUGCUGUGGGUACCAGCCUCCCUGGUAAACAGCUAUCCAGCCUUCUGAGGCACACUCUUCCUCAAAACAGCUCGUCUUGUCAGGAUGCUCUCUUCAACGUUUAGCCUUAACCCCAUUUUCCUGAUCACACAACAUUCUCUCUGCUCUUCUCAGCUCUCUGGGUUUGAACUGAGUCAGACGGUCUCUUCCAUCAGACGGAAGCCCAAGGAGAAACCCAAAAAAGAGGUCAGUGCUUCAGCCUACAUCUGCCCCGAGGGCCUGCGGUCAGUGGAGCAUCAAUACAACCUGGCCAGCGAAAUAUACAGGUAUUUUAUCGCAAAGUACUGCCACACCCUAUUUUUAUUUAUCAGGGGCAUCUUCAUUCCAUUCUUUAGCCAAAGAAGCUGCUUUACAAAAUCCCAUAGUAAGGCAACCCCUGCCUGCAGGCUUAUACUCUAAAAUACAUAACACAAAAGGAAAAAGGGAUGGGGUGGGAUGAGGAAAGAAAGCAAGCUCAGGCACCUGUUGGGGUGGAAACAGCUUGAAGGAUGGACUGACUGCUGCUAAGUGAGGGAAGGUCAAAGGCAGCUGGCCGGUCUGUGGAGGUACUUAGGAUCCCCAGAGGACCACAACUUAUGGACAACUCAUGGGCUGGGUGGGCAGAACCAGCCCAUGUCUCCUGCAUGUGUUAAUUAAAUGAGAUGCAUGUCAUCAUAAAGUUUCUAAUUACUUCUGCACAGGGCUGGCAUCAAGGGCUGGUGUUGUUGGGCACCUGCCAAGGUCUGAGUUCGUGCAGGGGCACCACUGCCACCUCCUGGUCCUGCUUCUCUUCCCCUUGCUGUCGCUGCCAGUUCACCUGCCCUCUCUGAGCAGCUGGAAAGAGGGUGGAGGUGGGACAGAAUCCUAGAGAGCCCAAAAUAUUAUUUCAUUUAGGUGGGGACAAGUAAUUAAAAGAGGGAAGAAGAAUGGGGGGAGUGUAUGGAGUGGAGUGUAAGGAAGUAAGAGCUGUUCGACAGUGGAAUUUGCUGCCAAGGAGUGUGGUGGAGUCUCCUUCUUUGGAGGUCUUUAAGCAGAGGCUUGACAACCAUAUGUCAGGAGUGCUCUGAUGGUGUUUCCUGCUUGGCAGGGGGUUGGACUCGAUGGCCCUUGUGGUCUCUUCCAACUCUAUGAUUCUAUGAUUCUAUAAGUAUAUCAAAGUUCUGAUUUUCCCUGUGAUGCUUCUUCUCAAAUGUGAAAUUCCUUUUAAAAAACCCAACUCAUAUUUUUGGCACACCCUAAGCAUGUGCUUAGUUUGCCUGUUGGGUAAUCCAGCACUGGAAGCGGGGCUACCUCUAAUGGCUUCUUGCCUGCUCUCCGCCCCCAGCAAAACAGCAACCACCACCAUGCGGCUGGCCUGCCUCCUACUCUUAUUUGCUGCGUGCCUCUUGUGGAGGGGAGGGGACGUGCCGUGCACAACGAUGCCUCAGAACCAUCACUGGGGAGAUGGGAAAGUCAAGCUGGGGAGCUACCAACCAGUCUGGUAGAUGCUGCUUUCUACCAAAUUCCAGAACAGCCAGCGGGGUUGACAUUUUGUCCACUGUUUCCCCUGGAAAAAGGCCUUCACCAUGUCCCUUGGUUGUUCCCAUCAUCAUCAUCAUCAUCAUUUUUAAUUGUAUACAGUCUUUCUAUCUUACUAUACUCAAGGCGGUUUACAAGCUGAAGAAACAAAAAAUGUACAUCUUAUAACAAUCUAAUGCAGGCUUCCUCAACCUCGGCCCUCCUGAUGUUUUUUGCCUACAACUCCCAUGAUCCCUAGCUAGCAGGACCAGUGGUCAUGGAUGCUGGGAAUUGUAGUCUCAAAACAUCUGGAGGGCUGAGGUUGAGGAAGCCUAAUCUAAUGCAGUACAAAAAUGUGAUAAUAAAACAAAACUUUAAAAUAAGCAACCUUCAUCACAAAAGUAAUACAGUGGUACCUCAGGAUGCGAACGGGAUCCGUUCCGGAGCCCUGUUCGCAUCCCGAAUGGAACGCAAGAUGCGAUGGCGCAUCUGCGCGUGCGCGGGUCAUGUUUCACUGCUUCUGUGCAUGUGCGUGACAUCAUUUUGAGCGUCUGCGCAUGCGCAAGCAGCGAAACCUGGAAGUAACACACUCCGUUACUUCAGGGUUGCUGUGGAGCGCAACUCAAAUGCGCUCAACCCGAAGCACAUUCAACUCGAGGUAUGACUGUACUCAACAAUCAUUAGAAUAGUAUAAAAUAAUAAUACCAACAUAUAAAAGUUAAACAGAAAUCCACUCAACAGUUACAAUAAAUAAUUUCUAAACUAUAAUCAGUAAAACAAUGGCAAGCCACAGUACAUAAAAUAAUACAAUACAAAUAGAGAAGCAGAGACUAGAGGGUGGAGCAAGGCAGGUGGAAGAAGGCCUUGCCUGACGAAGUCUCUCCCCUCACAGUUCUUCCUCCAGGACCGGCUCCCUUAUGAGGACUCCUAGGGCCGGAGGGUCGGGCAAGGCAGGUGGAAGGAUCUUCCUGUCCACCUAGAAAUGGAUAGGCCUCCAUGCAGGACUGGCCUGCUCAGGAGGCGAGGUGAGGCAGUGGCCUCAGGGCAGCCGGCUCCGGACGGCUGGGAGGGGCUGCAGAAUCUUCUCCACCGCCCACCCAUAGGUGUGAGCAAUGCUGGGUGUGCAUUGGAGGAGGAGCAGAUGGCAUGGUGCACAUGGCAUCUUCUGUUUCCACUUUCGCAGCAAAGCGUCCUGGCCAGCCCUGCCUCCCUGAAGAGCGGCUGAGCUGGUAAACUUUGCUACCUUCCAGCUGUGGAGGUUCUGUGACAUCGCAUUCCCUAGGCAUGGCUGAAAGCAGGCAGAGAGCCCACCUGCCAUCUGCUGGCCAUAGCCUUGGGGGUAUAGGUCAAGCAUAUCAUUGCAUUCACACCACAGACGUGUUUGCUUCGUUUCAGCUUUGGGAUUGUCCUGUGGGAGAUCGCAACUUGCAAGAUCCCAUUUGAAGGUGAGGCAUGGAUGGGGGCAGGGUUGGGCUCAUUCUUUUGGGAAGGGAUCAGCAGGCAGGCUCUGCAGACUUAGGAGCGCAACUGAGACUACAAUCCGAAGCUGCUAGGGGAGGGGGGCUGUUUUUCAGAAGCCGUCCGAGAUUCCUUGCACUUCCCUUUACAUGCAAAUAUUACAGACUGGCAAAGUGUAAUUCCUGGUGAAAUAGAUGUAACUGCUCAGCUUCAAUCUGGCAAAGCUCCAGGCUCCUCCUCUAUCCUACCUGGUCAGUUAAAAUCUAUCCUAAAGUGCUGAGCACCUAUUACCGUACUUUCAGUUCUUGGAUUAAAGCUAUAAUAAUCCCUGUUUAAAAAGCUCAAAGAAAAAGUAGAUAAACUUAGCAGGAUUAAUUUUAGCAGCCUCCUUUCAGUUAUAGAGAAGUAAUGUGCUGGGUUUUUAAUCCAAACUUUUCUGACUUGGGUUGAAGACAACCAUCUCCCAGGGGAGAAACAGAUUAAUCUCAGAGCAGGUCAGUGUAUUAUUUGUUGCAGUGUAUUAGCCCACAUUGCAGAGAGAGAUACAUACCUCAUACCACAUUGCAGAGAGAGAUACAUACCUCAUUUCCUGGCAGUAGGUUUUUCUCUUACUUCCAUUGAUUUUAAGUCAGCUUUGGACUUGGUUCCAAAGGAACUGUUAUGAUCCAAAUUCAGUAAAACCCUCUGUGGUGAGCUGAGCCUAGGGAUAGAUGAAUAUGUCAGUUCCUGCUUCUCUCACUAUCUAUUUCCACCUCCCCACCCCCAAAGUUCAGUUCACAUUUCUGCAUCACUGUGCUUUUUUCUUUCUUUUAAAAGUCCUCAUGAAAAUCCAUCAGCAUUUCAGUUCACAAUAUACACAUUUUGUAUGCAUUUUUGCCCAGUAUGCACAUUUUUGCAAGCAUUUCUCCCCCAAUACAUUUUCACUAAUAAAUGAAUUUUAUACACUUUCACACAUUUCCUCCACUUUCCUCUCCUUCCUUGGAGGUUUUAAAGCAGAGGUUAGCUUUAGCUGAGAUUCCUACAUUGCUAGGGCUUGGAGUAGAUGACCCUUGAGGUACCUUCCAACUCUACAAUUCCAUGAUUUUUUUGUACACAGCAUUCGGUUGUAGAACUGCAUCAAAAAAUUCAGAGAGGUGUUAAUUUCAAAGAAUGGUUAUGUCAGUUUUAGUCUGCGUAGACUCUUUGAGAUGAAUGGACAUGACUGACAGGUUUAUUAAUGUCAAUAGGUCUACUUUGAGUAAAACGCAAUUGGCUCCCGCCCUAAAAUCCUAAGCAAACUGAAUUUCUCCCACAUCCCUAACUGAGCCAUGUGUCCAUCCUGCUACUAUCUUGAGGAAGUAGGACUCCAAACCUUUGCAUGUACAUAGUCAGAAUGCCCCUUUUAUGUUGAUGGAGGAGGCACUGUGGUGGCACUGUGCUUGCUGGAAAGGGUGGGACGACGUGGCACCAAGAGAGCUGGGAAGCCACUGGCGCCAACCUGGAGUCUCCUUGCUUCACCCCAUCCUCAUGCAGAUUAACACAGUGCUGUUGCUGCUGGGAGGACACCGCUGCUUCCAGCCACACAUUCCAAGAGUCACCACUAGAGCACAGGUCUCUGUGUGGUUCUGUAUCAUUUCCUGACCUGCUUUCCCACUGCAACUCUCUUCCCCAGCUGCUUGUCUUCUUAUGAAAUCCCAGACAAGGGAAGAUAACACAUCUAGAUCCCAGUGGGUGUGUGGAAAGGAUUGGAGCAGAACAGGGGCUGGCAGGGAACUGCUUAUGUACUUACCCCGUCACUUCUCCUUUGAAACUUGAAUGCCCUCCCGCAGCAGAUUUCAUAACAGUUUUGGUCCCUGCCUUUGCAAUCAGUGUUCAUUGGGGCCUAAGAGCAAGGAGUAGGGUUGUAUAUCUCUCUGUGUGUCCACAUGGAGUCCCAGGCCCAGAUUCCUAUCCCUGGCUGGAUCUACACAGAUAUAAAAAAUGCUAUGGGAGAAAAACGCACUCUCUCUAUAUUCCCAAUGGAAUUUGCCGUUGACUUUGGAUUGCAGCUCUACAGCCCCAUCUGGUGUCACAUUUUUAUAGCGCACUUAUAACAUUAUAAUUGUAGCUGUGUAGCUGAGUCUCCUGUGAUUAUUAACUCAGGUUGCACUGCAAAGGAGAUCCGUGAUAAGGUUUGCAAUCAGGAGCAAGAACCUCUGGGAGACGACUGCCCCCCACGUCUGCGGGACGUCAUCAACAAAUGCCGGGAUUUCGACCCUUCCCAGCGGCCAACUGCUGAAGGUACCAGUGACCUGGCCUGUAGCAGGUCUUGGGGACCAGAGCUGUGGGCAUGGCAGCUAAAGGGAUCCAAAUCAUCAUACCCUAUUCUUCCUCCACAAGCAAAGCAAAACUGGCACAGGUAGCCUCUCCCUGCCCCCCCCCUUGCUUGGCCUCACUAUUUGGAAUGUUCCAUUCUUUUCUUUAAAAAAAAGGUAACUCGCAACUUAUGCACAUUUAACUUAUGCACAUUUAAUUCAGCUUUAAGCACAUGGCAAACAAACAAACAGGGAGUAGGGGAAGUUCAGGAAAAAAGAAUUUGGCAAUCCUACUUGCCAUUGAAUGCAGUGUGUUUUGACUAUACACAAUUUUUGCCUUAUGUGCUAUCCCCGAAAUGUAACCCCCAUGAAAGAUGAGAGUUGUCUAUACUAUCAAACAAGCACCAGACAACAAUAGCAUACAGAAAAGGGAAACAAAAGCAAGCAACAUGUCCCCACUCAGUAAAAAAGCAAACAAGCAGGCAAAACAACAGGACAUACCUGUGUGCCCUGCAAUGGUCUAAGACAAAUGCAAUAUACAUCUGAAAACUAACUGUGUUAACAAAAAAUACUAGAGGCAAUACACCUAGAAUUAAGACACCAGGCCCCUCCAAAACAACACAACAAUAAGCAACAAUGGUGGUGGUAGUGUUCCUCUGGGUAAGAAUUAAUAAAGGAAAUAAAAGGGUAACCAGUCCUCAUGGAACUUGUCUCUAUCAAGUUUCACCCCUCACGACUUUACAGUGUUGCUUUAACUUGCAGUUCUGCAAAAGUAAUUGAUAAGUAACUCAUCCACAAAAAUGCAAUCUCCAUUUGAGCAGCCACCCAAAGGUGAAGUGUUAACGAUUAAAAUAUUACACUUUUAUUAACUCCAUUCUGAAAACCAGCUUGCCUUUGUUUUUGCAGUGAUUGUGAACCAACUCAUUGUUCGUGACCUUUUGAAGGAGUGAGAGCCUGACCACAUGAUGGGGGACUGGAAUACAAGAACUUGUUCUCAGCACCAUCUUGCAGGGCCACCCUGAGCAUCAGCACAAAGCCAAGACCUUUUCUUUUUCAACCUGGAGUGCCUGUGCACAUGGCCAAUGGGCAUGUGCCUACAGCCCUUGGUCAAAUUGGCGCACUGUCAUAACUUGUUAAUUUGGGCCUGGUUCACACGCAAUGCUGUUUAACUGUGGUUUGUUUACUGCUAGCAAACCACAGUCUCGAUCCAUGGUCUGCUAUUAUCUUAUAAACCUUGGUUUGUCUUCACUAUGGCUUAGUGUUACAGGUGAACCCAGAAUCCUUCCUUAGCUAUGAUUUUUUAAACCACCCCACCCCAGAUGCUCAUCAGAUUCAGCAGCAGUAAGUUUUAUUAUAUGGUCACAGACCUGGAAAACUAAUCCUUACAAAGGCAUGAGGCAAGAGCUGCUGGAAAACAAAACAAACUAUGGGAAAAGGACAGCUGGUGGUUCACUCAGGGCUUCUUGUGUACAUGACUUUGCAUUAUACUAUUUGCACAUUAUACAAAUUGUGGCUUAGUGUUAUAUGUGAGCAUAGCCUUAGUAAGCUUCAAUGCACUGUUGCUUCUUACAAGCCAGCUCAAAGAUUUCUUUUGGCGGAAAUGGUUGCCCCACCCCAAUGGAAAUCAAUGCAUGUUUUUAGAUCUAUUAAUUAGCACAAUAAGAAUUCCAGACCCAAUGCUUCAUUCUUCAAACUUAACUAGGGGUAUUGUGAGGUGUUCUGUAAUUCAAUAAAAUUAUACUGAACCCAUAGUAGGAAUUUUUGUGUGUUCUUCUGACCACAAUUUAAAGAAGGAUGAUAUGGAGCCAGAAAGAGCAUGUAAGAGGGCAAUCAAAAUAAUGUCCUAUGAGAAAAGACUAAAACGAGUUGGGGGCGGUUGACCUUGAGCUGGCCUCCUGUGCAAAUUUUUCUGCUACUCCCCCCCCAACCUAUUUUUGGCAUAAGCGACAACAAUAAAAAUAAAAUAGCUACAGUAGCAAUGGAAUGGAUAGAGCCCAAUGCUCUGAUGGAGUUGCUGCAAUGAUGGGUGCCAAUCUGAACUUUUUCUUUGGUUUAUUUCUGGAGAGCAUGG